UCUUAAAGACACUUAGUUUUUUUUUGUGAUUGAAAUUAUUGGGUUGCUUGUAAAUCCAAUUGAUGUCUGAAAUUUAUUAUGGUGAGUACAAAGUUUGGGGUUUGCAUUGCAAUACGAAUAAACACAGCACUAGAUCUCAUUGGUGUGAACUUGAAAUAGAAUCAAUUAGCAUCUUUUUCAUGUUAUAUCCCCCAAUGGGGCUUGUGAUUAUUUGAUUAAGCCUGUACGCAUUGAAGAGCUAAAGAAUAUAUGGCAGCAUGUCAUCAGAAAAAAGCAGAAUGAAACUGAGUAUUCAGGCAGCAUGGAUGACACACAUCGUAAUAGGCGAGUUUCAGAUGAUGCUGAGUAUGCUUCCUCAGUGCAUGAUGGAGCAGAUGUAUCUUGGAGGUCUAACAAAAAGAAAAGGGAUACCAAAGAAGAUGAAAAUAGUGGUGAAUUGGACCAUGAGGAUUCUUCAUCAUCAAAGAAGCCUCGUGUCGUGUGGUCAGUGGAACUCCACCAGCAAUUUGUUAGUGCUGUCAGCCAACUUGGGAUUGAAAAGGCUGUGCCAAAGAGAAUUCUGGAACUGAUGAAUGUUCCUGGAUUAACUAGGGAAAACGUUGCAAGCCAUUUGCAGGUAUUAUAUUCUGAGUUAAUUUUGGUUCUGUUGAUAACAUGUACUUAUCUUUUUUAUAUAUUUUGGGUACUUGUUGUAUGUGAAUUCUCUAUAUGAUUAUGUUCAAAGUAUCAUCUGUUUUUAAUCAACUUGUAUGAAUAGUUUGUCCGAAUGCACGUCUGGAAAACUUGAUUCCUUUUCCAAACAAGAUUUGAGACUUGUGAAUUUGUGUUCAUUUUCUACCUAAAGAACUAGCUGAGAUUCAUUCAAUUAAAAAAAUAUUAUUUAUGAUAGUGAUUGCUGGCCUGUAGAUAGUAUUGAUGAUGUUAAGGACAAAUAGAUAAGUAAUUGUUCAAUAUGUAUUUUUUUGCCAUUUUUUUGAAGCUCUGAUGGAAAUGAAGCACUUAAAUGCACAUGCCGGAAGCCUAUCAUCCACUUGCAUGCAAA